UCCAAGUCGUGUCUGGUGUGGAUUGACAUUCGGUGACCACCUCGCUCGCGUCGCUCUGUUCAGUGUGGAUGCAGCUUGGGUUGCUAUUUUUUGAACGCGCCCCUGAUGGUCUUUGGUGCCAACAUGACGUUGUUAUUACGCACGUGCCAAACGGUUUUCUUCAUUAAUAAAAGCUAGGCGCGGUGUCUGUUUGCGACACUGUUGGUAGAUCUGGUUUGACAGAAGGCCUGAAUUUAAUAUAUCACUACUGUGAAAUAUAUUAACAUUUAGAAAUUCAGUAAUAAACCAUAAAAUACUCGGAAAUUGUACACUGCCGUUUUGAAUCUUAACAAGUUACUUCAGUAAAUCAGUAACAUUUUAAAACUUAAGCCAAGGCCAGACCGAGAUUGAUUAUAGGAAUGAGUAUAGAAAUCCCUGCAGGGCUGACGGAGCUGUUGCAGAGCUUUACCGUGGAGGUUUUGAGGAACCAGCCGGGAGAUCUAGUCGAGUUUGCCCUGCAGUAUUUCACCAAGCUGAAGGAAAGUCAAAGCAAAGAGGCAGCAGUUGGCCAUGAGCAAAACUCGGCGUUUAGACAUGGCAAGGGAGUCAACUUUGUCGAGGAGCCCAUGCAAACCGAUUCAGAAAACGGAGAGGAUGAGGAAGAUGAUGAGGAAUUCAUAGCCCCGGUUAUCAACAGAUUUACAAGAAGAGCAUCAGUUUGUGCUGAAGCCUUCAAUCCUGAUGAUGAUGAAGAUGAUGAUGAAGAUGCAGAACCCAAGAUUAUUUAUCCCAAAGCAGAUGAACAAAGAAUUAGACUGCAGGAAACAUGCAAAGAUAUUCUUCUGUUCAAAAACUUAGACACGGAACAGAUGUCUCAGGUAUUGGAUGCCAUGUUUGAGAGGCUAGUCAGUCCCGGUGAACACGUAAUUGACCAAGAUGAUGACGGAGAUAAUUUCUAUGUUAUUGAAAGAGGAACAUAUGACAUCAGUGUAAAAGUAGAUGGCAUUGAUUGCUGUAUUGGUACCUACAAUAACCAUGGAAGUUUUGGGGAGCUGGCCUUAAUGUACAAUACUCCAAGAGCAGCCACAAUCAUUGCUACCUCACCUGGUGCUUUAUGGGGUUUGGACAGGCUAACAUUCCGGAGAAUCAUUGUGAAAAACAAUGCCAAAAAGAAGAGAAUGUAUGAAAUAUUCAUUGAGACACUGCCAUUGCUUAAAUCACUAGAACCAUCUGAAAGAAUGAAAGUGGUUGAUGUAAUAGGAUCCAAAAUGUACAAAGAUGGAGAACGUAUUAUUGCUCAGGGAGAUUCGGCUGAUUCUUUUUAUAUUGUGGAAUCUGGAGAAGUAAAAAUAACUAUGAGAAGAACCAAGAGUCAACUUAAUGUGGAAGAAAAUGGUGCAGUAGAGAUCGCACGGUGUACAAGAGGACAGUACUUUGGAGAGCUAGCUCUGGUAACAAACAAACCGCGAGCUGCUUCAGCAUAUGCUGUGGGAAAUGUCAAAUGUUUAGUUAUGGAUGUGCAAGCUUUUGAACGAUUGUUGGGUCCAUGUAUGGACAUCAUGAAACGAAACAUCGUAAACUACGAGGAGCAGCUUGUUGAACUAUUUGGAACAAACAUGGACAUAUCUGACCCCACUGCAUGAAGAGACAACAAAAAGUACAAACAUGCAUCUUUUGGGAAGAAAAAACAAGGAGUUAGUCCAAGGAAACUGUCAUCUUUCUGUAGAUGCAAAGCAUUUCUGUAACUUCUAUUUUUUAUUAUUUUGCUUUUCGAGAAAUGUGAAAUACUAAACAAACAAUAGCAAUGUAGAAGUUAUUUAGGCAAAAAAAAAUAUUCAUACACUUCCAGGAUUCAUAGGGGAAUGCUUCAUAAAUUAACAGUUUUUUGUUUUCCUUUCCCCUGUAUUACCAGAAUUCAAGAACUAAUUCUUCAGAUUCUUUGAUUCUGUUUGGCAGGCUAAACCUUUGUUUUGUUUUCUUUAUAGUUUUUUGUUUUGUGUCAAGUUUAGAAUGACUUAGAUUUAUUUUAUUCCUUUGUCCAUGACCUAAUUUCAUUAUAAUUGCACUGUAAAUUGUCUUAGUUUUACAGUUUGCUUUGGGAAAUUAAAAAGGGUUAAUCCCAGAGAAAAAACUACUUUAGUUACAGUUAAUGUAUUUAUCAACAUGUAGACAUUAAUGUAUUAUAUAGGUUAAUCAUACUUGUUGAUCAAUUAAUUAAAAAGUCACAGUGAAAUAGAAAUUCUAAUACUCCACAUUGUCCAUGGCCAUUGAUUGUGUCAUUUAUUUUGUUCAUUUGUUUCCCCAAAACAUUCACGUACUUGAAAGCAAAUUUUUUAAAUUAUAUAUAUAUAUAUAUAAAAUUAAAAAAAUACAGUUCUUCUUAAAUGGAUUGUUUCGAUUAUACACAUUUUUCUCAUCACUAAUAUCAAACAGAUUUUGUGUUUUAAUAACAGUUAUUUGGUAGAUUAAGUUUAACAUUUGUUAAUUUACACCACAUACAAUCUUCAGUGGAAAAUGCUUUUCUUGGCUGUCUUUACCCAAUAAGUUUAACCCACACUUGCACUCCUAAUUAUACAAAUUAAUAAAUUCUGCCCUAGUUUCAGUAAGUGACACCCAAGUAAAAUGUAUUCUGUCUUUGCAGUUUUCCCCAUAGAACCAAUUAGAUUUUUAUUAGCAUACAUUUUAUUGUUAUGUGCACAUUCUCUGUCGGUUCCAAAAACAUUGUUUCCAAAACAAAUGUUUAUAAAAAAUAAUCUUUAGGUUGCAACACCUACAAUUUUAUUAUCUUCACUAUAGUAUAUUUUUAGAGCAACAAGGAUGGGCCCAAUACUAUUGACAGUAUUUUCAAACAUAAAUUGAAAGAAAGGUACACUAUUUCAAAUGUAUUAAAGGUCACAUGUAA